CAACAGUCGAGAUCACAGCGCGAACAAUAACAGUUGGAUGUAGUCAAAUUCAUAAGAAUACGGUCUUUAAGAGAAAUUUGUGUAUAAGUUUUGUACGGCCUUCAAAAUGGGCGAUAGUUCUGAACAAGCCUCACAAUUUGCGCUGAAAACAAGCGAUGAUACAGUAUUAUUUGUCUCGGCACAUAUUCCAUCGAAUUUCGAAAAAAAAGUUCGGCUCAAUUGUUGUAUUAUAAAUGUUGAUAAAUUUGAGACUGGUGAAGAAUUAACCUCAAAAACAUUUUUCGUGCAAAGUUUACCAUUUUACAUUCGAGUCACACGAGAAAAACGGAACAUCAGCAAACGAUUGCAAAAACAAUCACCGUUGUCAUUUCAUUUGCACGUAGGUAAAGAUAUUAAACGAUGGUCAAGCCAAUUUCAGAUUAAAGUGGAAUCAAAGGCAGAAAAUACCAUUCGAUUCCAAUGGGUCCAUGAAUGUGAAUUAAAUAAUCGCAGUACUAAGAUAUCGUACAGCAUCGAAUGGGAUAAAGUAUCUGAAUUGAAAAAACUCACUUGCACCAUUGAUAUAUCGGCCACUCUUCCGAAUGAAGGAUACGCAUGGCCGUCAUACGCGGCCACCGGUUACAGUGGAUUGAUGAAUGAAGGUGCAACAUGCUAUAUAAAUUCAUUGCUACAAUCAUUGUAUCAUACGAACGAAUUUCGUCGCAUCGUCUAUGGUUUGGAAAUUGAACCGGAAUUGGCAAGUGAUUCAUUCGCAUUUUGGUUGAAAUACAUAUUUUAUACGAUGCAAUUGGGUGAAUUAUCGGAAAUUCGUACGACGAAUAUGAUCAAGUGCUUCGAUUGGGAAGAAAUGACUACCACAGCACAACAAGAUGUUCACGAAUUUUUACGCCGAUUAAUAGAUAACCUAGAGCAAAUUGUUGAAGGUACCCCAUUUGGAGAACGGUUAACAAAGCUAUUCGUUGGUGAAUUAGAAACAAUAACAACAUGCGAAACCGUCGGUUUCGUGAAGAAGAAGAAAGAAACAUUUUGGGAUCUUCAACUUUCGAUUGAUGAGGAUGAUGAUCUCUAUGGGGCAUUCCAAACAUACUUACAAACAUUGAUUCUAUCUGACUAUGAACAUGAACAUGGCAAAGAUGAAGCAAAGCAGGAGUUUCGAUUCAUAAAAUUGCCACCGGUUUUACACGUUCAAUUAAAACGCUUCCAAUAUAAUAUGAAAACAAAUACCAUCAGCAAAAACAACAAACCAUUCAAAUUCUAUUCAACACUAGAUUUGAGCCAGUAUUGCACAGAUGCCAUAUACACGCUACAUUCAGUUUUGGUGCAUUCAGGAAAGGUUGAUUCGGGCCAUUAUGUGGCUUACAUAUCGCCCAAGUUAAAUGGCGAAUGGUUUGAAUUCAACGAUCAAGUUGUAUGCAAGUGUUCAAUAAGUGAUGCAAUCAGAUUUAACUACGGCAGUUCUACAUGCAGCAAAAACGCAUACAUUCUGGUCUACAUCAAAGAUUCAUGCAAGUCACAAAUCAUGAGCGAUGUGUCGAUUCAAGAUGUGAUGUGCAGUGAUUUAAUUAAUGCUGAAACAGCAAAGGAAUUACUCGAACUGACAAUAAAAAAGCAGUGGAUCGAAGUAAUCGUAUACACGCCAGAACGUUUACAAAUGAACGACACAUUGAAAGCUGGUGAAAGUAUAAUGGAUAAACGAUUUGGUUUGAAAUUUUUGAUUGAUAAACAAAAAUCAUAUAGUUCAUUUUUGGACAUUCUUGGCCGUGCAUUUAAAAUACAGAACGUGGAAAAGAAUUUGGUGGUGUGGGCAUUGAAUAGUCAAAAAAGCGCAAUGCACAUAUUAGACAACGACAACUUAAUAGAUAGCGAAGAGGAAGUUAACAAAAUAUUCAAAAAGGGUUGUCAAUUGUUUGUUGAAAUAUGUUCAGCGGAGCAGCAUUUGAAUGCAUUUGAUAAAACGAAGGACGCAUUGAUUUUCAUCAAACAAUACGAUGGUGAUAAUUUAACAUUUGUCGGUCAUUCGUAUUUUUCGCUCGAACAAACGGUGCGAGACAUUCAAAUUCACAUUCGGGAGAUGAUACAAUACGAUGGCAAUGACAAAGAUAUUGCUAUUAUUGGAGACAUGGGCGUUGACGAAAAGUACAAAUGUCGAAAGCUCCACACGGAACAGUUAAUUAGUAAAAUCGUUUCAAAGAAUAAGGACACACAUUCAGGAACCGUUACGUUUGAGCUGUUGAGUGAACAACAUCCAACCGAAAAAUAUUUGAGCGCAUUCAAUUCAUCGAACGUCUCAACGUCCCAAUCAAAUGAGGUGAAAAAACCGCUACUCGUGCAUAGGUCCAGAAAAUUACCAUCAAAUGUAGCAUCAACACAAAUUGAAAAUGGCAUUCGUGUACACGUACAUUCCGAUAUCGAUCAUGCAGAACUUUUUAGUCAAGAAUUCGACGACACCACUUCAUUACUUAACAUCGUUGAAUACAUUGCCGAUUUGACUGAAAAAACAUGCGAGUGCAUUCAAUUAUUGGAUGUCGAUAACAAUGUGAUCGAAUGCAAUUUCUGGCAAACAAAUAUUGAAAGUUUUUACCGCCAAAGAAAUAUUCAGCAAACGUUUACACGUUUAAGAAAACAGAAAGGUAUCGUCUUUUCGUACAGAAUUAUUGACCAAGACACAUCAGAAAUUUAUGAGACUGACGUUGAGAUGUCAUAUAACAAAACACCACUUCCCCAUGAACCAAUGGAUUUUGAACAUCAAUCUGAUUUCUAUGAUGCUUCACCAGAGCAUUCGAUAGUGAUCAAGGAUACGAGAGUGAUGUUCAAAAAUUGCAAAAAUUCAUGUGAUAGAAUAGCAAUUGAAUGCAAUCGUACCGAUCUAAUGCAGCACAUUAUUGACAGCUUCAUCACACAAAUAAAAGGCAAUUUAAAUGAAUUUGAAUUUUUUCGAGAAGAUGGUGAAUUGUUUCAGAUACCAACGGACGGAGAAACAGUCGAACUUUUCUUGGCUGAUGAAGACUUCAUCGAUAUUCUUUUCGAACAUCGGUCUGCGCGGAACAGCUUGUUUCCAUUAAGUCCACCAGAAACCAACGAUAUACUUGUAUUGAAUUCAAAUAUCGACUUUUCGUUCAAAGACACAGAUAAACUAUCGCUUGCCCUUGAUUUUAUUACCGAUGCCCUGGAAUUGGAUAAAUCCAACGCACACUUCUUCAAUAUAAAUGACGUUGAAAUUGCUGGCGAUUUAAUGAACGCAACCGUGUCAGAGUUUUUGAUGGAAAAUGAAGCAAAAAUUAAGUAUCGAAUAUUUGGUGAACAUUCGAUUACGUUGCCGUUGGUCAAUAUACACGGUAGAAAGAUAGAUGAGCUACAAUUUACGUUUGACGAAUCAACGACGGUUGAUGAACUAUGCCAUACACACCGCGUCAUAAAACAAAGAGUAGUACAAAUAAAAGAUGGUUACAUUAUUGGCAUUGUAUCGCCGGACACUAAAGUCAUCGAUCUAAAUUGCAGCCACUAUGAAUACAGAUUGGAUCAGUAUCAACGAGGACUUUUAAUAAGUUCCGAAUCCUAUUAUGUAUGUGUUCGAUUUGUUGGAGACAGUGCAAAGGAUCGAAAAUGCAUUCCAAUAUUAGUUGAAUUGAACGAAGGGGAUACAUUGGAAACAUUACAGCUGCGAUUGGUACCUAUUUUGAACCUAACACCUAUCCUUUAUUCCUCAAUUCAUUUGGAACCGGAAAAGGAGUGGAGCUGCAAACCAACAGAUGCAAAAAGCAAUGAAAUCAUUCUCAUAAAACCCAACGAUCCAAACGUCAUUCCGAAAAUUGAUUGCGCGUUAGAUAUAAUACGCAAGUGAUAAAUUGUGUUUGUCACCGGAAUUUUAGGC